CGUCAACCUGGUCAAGGAUGCCCCCAACGACGCUGAGUCGGUGCAAAAACUGGUCUCUAAUCGAAGGCACAUAUAAGGUUCCUGCCGUUUGUGCGAAAAAAAAAGCGGCCGCGCCUGGCGCCGCCAUCCCUUUUUCGGCAACUCCAGCGCGACCGUUUCGCCACACCGACGCGCCUGCACUUGAAGUGACAUGUAAACAGGGUAUGAUUAAGUUUUUACUACAGGCUCUCCGCGAUCAUCGUUCGGGUAAGGUCCUGCCGCUAGACGCCAAGACCCCCGGGGACGAGCGCUUGGUGAUGGUUUACAGCGACAUCAAACCUCCAAACUUCCUCAUCGACCCUCCGACUUAUCGAUUUUGGCGGUAUCAGCGCACCACUUCAACACACCAAAGAUACAUUCAUCACCCACAUUGCCGAGUUUUUGGGUUGGAGUCAAGUCCGAUAAAUCUUUGGCGAUGGAAGCGGCUACAGGGUUGGACUAUUGGCCAAAUCCGGACCGGGGCAAGAGGUUUGGUAAGCCAUUCCUCUGCCGAACGUCAGAUUACGAGUCGACGUUGGCUAAAGGCAUGGACAAGAAUGAUUCCCCAGUGCAGAACUUGAAGGUUACAUCUCGUCGAGUUCAUUCCGCAAGGGCGUAGACUUUUAAUCUAGUGCUGAUGGAUGCUGUCUCAGUCUUGGUCUGUAUACUUGUAAACAACACAAAUGGGUACUCACGCCGUGUCGGAAAGUAUGGAGGUUUCCUUCCUUCACUUCUGUAGCUUCAUCUCCGAUAACGCUGUUUAUGAUCGGAGCAUUCACAUGUCUAUUUUCUCGG